AUGAGUUCGAGAAAUAGUCUCGAGAUGAGGUGUCUAGCCGAUACGGUGCUAGCAAACGAGAACGAUUCUCUCCUAACGCACGUCAACAGAACGGAAAACACCACAUUGAGUCCGGCAGCAACCAUCACGGACGAGAACCGGGACGGAAACGAUGUCGGAGAAUAUCCUACGGCCGACGAAACCUUCGACAAUGCAGACCAAAUUUGUCUUACAUACGCGAGCAAAAAAAUACUAGGUCAAUACAUUCCCGAAAUCAACGAGGAGCAUGUGCGGUCUAAAACACGCAAGAACGCCGCAUCCAAACGAUCCAAAAUGCUUCGCAACCAGUUUAUUGCGGCAACUGUUAUAUGCGUGGCAAAUAUAGUCCUACUAGUCUGUGUUUGGGUGUACUUCCCGCCGGAUUCACGGGGCAUUGGAACCCUACGCAUGAGCGACUGCUCUGAGAUAUCAUCUAUCAACAGCGGGAUACAUGUCAUUCUCAACGUAAUAUCCUCCCUAUUCCUUGGUGCUGGUAGCUACUGUAUGCAAAUUUUGGUCUCACCAUCUCGACGGGAGAUGGAUGGAGCGCAUGCUCAAGGCGUCUCGCUCGAUAUUGGCAUACAGAGUUUUCGCAACCUACGUUGGAUCAAGCGGCGCAGAAUAUUUCACUGGUUAGGACUCGGGAUUCUGUCAAUCUGUUUGCAUCUAUUUUGGAACUCUCUCUUCUUCGCCUCGACCCCAGUCGUGAGUUACGUUUCAGCUACAGUUACAAGCGACUUCCGGGAAGGGCAUGAUUGGGCCUUGGAUCCUCUUCCAGAUUGGCUUUCUAAAUACGCAUCUACACGCGACUGGACCCCAGUGCUCGAGUUGUACUACCAGGUGACCAAUUUCACGCGCCUAAACAAGCGAGACUGCAUGCUUGAAUAUAUCGACCCUCUCACUCCUAAGAAACCCUUGGUUGUUGUGGCAUCCAACAUCACAGCCGCUGAGAACUACGGCAACACACUUAUCAGUGGUUUAAUUACAGAGUAUGAUGUUUGGAGUCGGUCGCCCUGGUGGAUAUGUUCAGCAUAUAAUCCCGGCUACAAGUCUUUAUGCUCCAAAGAAUGGGCCGAUACCUUUAUUGACGACUGGGUAGUCAUCACAUAUACCCACGAAGAGAAAGAUAAGCCUGGUUGGCCUUUCGAAGUGAAGAUCGAUUACUGCCUUGUCGGUGCCGAGAACGCCAACAGCCCUCAAUGUGGCUUGCACUAUGGAACACAGGUCUUUACUGUCGUGAGUGUUUGCACAUUGCUUCAAUGCUACUUCAUUUCGCUUGUUUGGUGGUCGUCUCGCACGAAAGCUGGAUCCUGCCAAAGUGAGAGUACGAUGGUCUUGAUGGGUGAUGCUAUCGCGGAGUAUUUAGAACAUCCGGGAGAUGUGUCAAGUUCACAGGCCGUUCGUAUGCGCCAACAGGUCUGGUGCCCCCAACGCCGGCUUUCGUGGUUCAAAGCGGUUAGCCGCAAGCUUGUCGGCGACCAGUGGGUGCGAUUUUUACACCCAGAUGGAAAGAAGUCACUGCGCGUUUCUACGCCGACUGGAAUGCAGCGCUCGUCCUACGUACUCUCCCUUCCUCUCACAUACUCAAUCGCCCUCAUCAUCGCUAUGAUAAUACUUCACUGGCUUGUGUCUGAAAGUCUGUUCGUUGUGCAAACCAUAGGCUUCGAUACCAACGGCAAGCUAUUGGAUUCCUCGAGCUUCAGCGGCUCAGUGGUCGGAUAUUCAUUACUUCCCAUCGUCCUUGCAACCAUAUGGGGAGGUGUCAUGGUGAUAGGGCUGCUUGUCAAUUCUUUCGCGCGGAAUCAUCAAGACGUGCCACAAGAGUUCUUGAAAUGGGGAUCUAGCAGUGCCCAUAUCGAAUCUCUGUGCUCCAGACCAGACGAGGACUAUGAUGCGCAUCUGUUCCCUCUAAGCAUAGGUGUUGUUUCAGAUAGUCUCCCAGGAGGCAUCAGUGGUCCACCUCGACUUUCCUUUUCAACAGAUAUUCAUUUGCGCUUACCUCAAGAUGGAGAGGUAUACAUGCUUCCCGCAAGAAAAGAAAAACGGUUUGAAAAGCCACCUGGACAUAGGCAAUAA